AUGAAGAGCAUAGAGGAAAUUUUGUCUAAUUUUCCAAACAAGCAGGACUUUACUGGAAAAAAGUAUCAAAUACAGGAAAAGAAUCGCAUGAGUGAUCGAGUCCAGGAGCAAGUGCAGAAGCAAGUGCAGAAGCAAGUGCAGAAGCAAGGGCAAGGACAAGGACAAGGGCAGGAGCAAAAAAUCGAGAACAAACAUGUGUUGCGCUCUACGGAUGCAAACAAAAAAAAACCAGCUGUGUUUUUUAAACCACAAGAGGUUAAUUGUCUACCAGAGUUGAGUGCCCUUGAUCCAGAUUCAGUUGAAGAGGAUAAUUCUGAAACAAGCAAGAGACGGAAAUUAUAG